AGCUGAUACAGCAGCGGAAAGAAGGCUUGUUCAGGGCUCUACAACUAGAAAAACCUGAGUUAGGUUGUAGCCACCAACAGGUCUGAGCUACACAAAAUGCGUGAAAUUGUGCAUCUUCAGAUUGGCCAGUGUGGGAACCAAAUUGGAUCUAAGUUCUGGGAGGUGAUAAGUGAUGAACAUGGAAUUGACAUUGCUGGAAACUACCGUGGGGGUGCAUCACUGCAGCUUGAGCGAAUUAACGUGUACUUCAACGAGGCUUACUCCCAUAAAUACGUGCCCCGUUCUAUCCUGGUGGACCUGGAACCUGGUACGAUGGACAGUGUACGGUCUAGCAAAAUAGGUCCCCUCUUUCGACCUGACAAUUUUAUUCAUGGUAAUUCAGGUGCUGGAAACAACUGGGCUAAGGGCCAUUACACGGAAGGCGCUGAACUGAUUGAAAAUGUCAUGGAUGUGGUCAGGAACGAGUGCGAGAGCUGUGACUGCCUUCAGGGAUUCCAGCUCAUCCAUUCGCUUGGUGGUGGCACAGGCUCAGGUAUGGGCACGCUCCUCAUCAACAAAAUCCGAGAAGAAUAUCCCGACAGGAUUAUGAACACUUUCAGCGUUGUGCCUUCACCCAAAGUGUCCGACACGGUCGUAGAGCCGUAUAAUGCCAUCCUCUCCAUCCACCAACUAAUAGAGAAUACGGACGAAACCUUCUGCAUUGACAACGAAGCUCUCUAUGACAUCUGCUUUAGAACGUUAAAGCUCACCAACCCCACCUAUGGUGACCUCAACCACUUAGUGUCCCUAACGAUGAGCGGUGUCACAACCUCACUCCGUUUUCCUGGUCAGCUGAACGCAGAUCUGAGGAAGCUGGCUGUUAACAUGGUGCCCUUUCCUCGCCUGCAUUUCUUUAUGCCGGGCUUUGCUCCGCUGACAGCUCGAGGCAGCCAACAGUACAGAGCGCUCUCAGUGCCCGAGCUUACUCAACAAAUGUUUGAUGCACGCAACAUGAUGGCAGCCUGCGACCCUCGUCGUGGGCGUUACUUGACCGUGGCAUGCAUCUUCAGAGGCCGAAUGUCUACCAGAGAAGUGGAUGAGCAGCUGCUGGCUGUCCAGACCAAGAAUAGUUCCUACUUUGUGGAGUGGAUCCCUAAUAACGUUAAAGUGGCUGUGUGUGACAUACCCCCGCGAGGCUUGAAGAUGGCAGCUACCUUUAUUGGCAACAACACAGCCAUUCAGGAGCUGUUCAUCAGGGUUUCUGAACAGUUCUCAGCGAUGUUCAGAAGAAAAGCAUUUCUCCAUUGGUAUACUGGUGAAGGUAUGGAUGAGAUGGAGUUUUCCGAAGCAGAAGGUAACACCAAUGACCUUGUGUCUGAGUACCAACAGUACCAGGAUGCCACUGCAGAUGUUGAGGAAUAUGAAGAGGUAGAAGUGGAAGCCAGCCCAGAAAAGGAGGCACUGUAA